GUGAUUGGUGUGUGCUGUAAGAGCCCGGGUCCCCAUAGGCUGCAGUGAGCCGGCCCCCUGGUUGCUGUCACGGCUCAGGACCACCCUCCUCCCCCUGCUCUCUCUCUCGCUCUCUCUCCCGGGCAGGACAGUGAUCACAGGCUGCUGCGGGUAACAAUAGGCGGACGGGAGGCGGCGGAGCGCUGCUCACACACCCGGAGAAGGAGAGGGGGACCCGGCCACAGCCACCAUGAAAGCGGCACUGGACCUGAAGCCCACACUCACCAUCAUCAAGACGGAGAAGGCGGAGUAUGAGUCCUACUCAUGUGCCGAUAUGGAGUGCGCCGAUGUGCCGCUACUAACACCCAGCAGUAAGGAGAUGGUGUCUCAAGCUCUCAGUGCCACCUUCAGAGGCUUUACCAAGGAGCAGCAACGUCUGGGCAUCCCCAAUGACCCUCGGGAAUGGACGGACGCCAACGUCAGGGACUGGGUGUCGUGGGCAGUGAAUGAAUUCACCCUGAAGGGUGUGGACUUUCAGAAGUUCCGCAUGAGCGGGGCAGCGCUGUGUGCCCUGGGGAAAGAAUGUUUUCUGGAACUGGCACCGGACUUUGUAGGAGACAUCCUGUGGGAGCACUUAGAAAUCUUACAGAAAGAAGAUGCAAAACUCUACCAAAUGAAUGACCUCACCCCAGCGUACCCAGAGUCUAGAUACAGCACGGACUACUUUAUCAGUUACGGGAUAGAACACGCACAGUGCGUCCCGCCCUCGGAGUUCUCAGAGCCCAGCUUCAUCACGGAAUCCUACCAGACCCUCCAUCCAAUCAGCUCAGAGGAGCUUUUGUCUUUGAAAUAUGAGACCGAUUACCCGUCGCCGCUGCUGCGAGACCCCUUACAGCCGGACUCUCUGCAGGGAGACUACAUCACCAUCAAACAGGAGGUCGUGUCUCCGGACAACAUGUGCAUGGGCCGGAUAAGCCGAGGUAAAUUUGUAGGGCAGGAGUCCUUUGAAAGCAUUGAGAGUCACGACAGCUGUGACCGCCUCACUCAGUCAUGGAGCAGCCAGUCCUCGUAUAACAGCUUGCAGCGUGUCCCGUCGUAUGACAGCUUCGACUCUGAGGACUACACCCCUUCACUGCCCAACCAUAAACCCAAAGGAACAUUCAAGGACUACGUAAGAGACAGGGCAGAGCUGAACAAAGACAAGCCUGUCAUCCCCGCCGCUGCCCUGGCCGGCUACACAGGCAGCGGGCCUAUCCAGCUCUGGCAGUUCCUCUUAGAGCUGCUGACGGACAAGUCCUGUCAGUCCUUCAUCAGCUGGACGGGAGAUGGCUGGGAGUUUAAACUGUCUGAUCCGGAUGAGGUGGCCAGGCGCUGGGGCAAGCGGAAAAACAAGCCUAAAAUGAACUACGAGAAGUUGAGCCGCGGCUUACGCUACUACUACGACAAGAACAUCAUUCAUAAGACUGCAGGGAAGCGCUAUGUCUACCGCUUUGUAUGUGAUUUGCAGAGCCUCCUGGGAUACGUGCCGGAAGAGCUUCACGCCAUGCUGGAUGUUAAACCAGACGCUGACGAAUAGGGACGCAGGGUUUGCUGGAUCAAGGAACUAAAAACCCUAUGGACCCGAACAUAUUCCUCUGUGCCUAGAACUUGUUACUCGCGACGGAUGCAGAGGAUUCUGGGGAAAGGGGUGGGGGGUGGGGUGGUAUGAGACUGAGAAACCUGGUUACCGAAGGCUUCCGUUGGUCUUUUCUCACUGUGCAGCGGAACAGGAAGAAGAGCAGUAUGUUGGUGUAUUCCAAUAACCAGAUUCAUUCCAAAUGUGCCAGUAUUACUGAUGUGUUUCUUAAUGUCAGCCUAUUUCCCGAAUUCAUGUGCAGCCAGCCUUUGUCCGCAGAUGCAAGUAGGAGACCACACAGAGUAGUAGCUGGUAAAGCAUCCGCCGGACUCCAGCCCAAAUUCAGGUGCGUUCUGUACGGUGAGCAGCUGCAGUCGCCGCGCAGCGGAGGAAAGGUACUGCCACACUUGGGGAGGGGGGAUAUUUAAGCUUUUUAUUUUGCAUACAGUUUGUUCUUUGCUGCAAUGUUUGACGUUAGGAAUGCUUAACAAAUCUCAGGACAGAAUAAACAUUUACAGUGACCAAGUGCAGUCAUCCCUCCCAUCCAGCUCCAAGUGACCCUCUAUGCCCCACGCAGCACAAUCCUCCUUCUAGCCAAAUUAUGCAUUUAGCUGACCCAUGGGGGGGGAAAAACGGUCAGUUCCGCAUCCUGCUCGCCGCCGUGUUCCCAGAUUGUAUUUUUCUAGAGACGAAUUGUCUGUUUGUAUAUUUUCUAAGAAACAUUUUUUGUAUGAGAAACUUGUACAUAGCUACAGUGUUUUGGUUUGUGAAAUGUGCCAAAGAGCGUGCACGUGCGACAGUCCUGGCUGCAGCAGCUAUAUGUGCAGCCUGGUCUGUAAUCUGCACGCACAAUGUAACAGCCGGGCGACUUAGGGCACUGAAGUAGGUUGGUUACCGUAUCAUUAUUCCCAUCUGGGGAACUAAGGUGUAGUAUAGGACUGCUCCGUACAUUCCACACAUCCUCAGGUUUAACCCUUUGGAGGCUGAAGGACACUUCAGCAGACAGCGGGAAUACUUGAGAUUGUAAUUUUUUGUAUAUUUUUUUUUUUUUGUCUUUAUCUAUGAAAAAUAAAGAGUAUUAUUUAAAGCACCAGUUCCUCUGAUGAUGAGUAGAUAAUAAAUGUUUUAUGGGAAUACAUCUUUAUUUUUUUCUCUCUUUCCUAUGGCUUGUGAUUCUCUGACUCUGUAAUUGAUUGGCUGGUACCUCAAUUUUCGGGAUGAGACUGAAACUGGUGCUUUAAACGUGAACAGAAGCAGAAGGCUGUGCCCCGGACAGGAACUGUGAUCUGUAGCUUGUCAGUGCAGAGAGGGGGUACAGUCCAGUCCAGGCUUGCGGUCUCCUUUUUACCCUGAGCUGAACCAGCCGCUCCAGGUUAGAGAGGGCGCUGGGUUCUCUCUGUGUGCAGCAUUCAAUCAGAGUAUUCCUUUCAAGAGAGAAUAACUACAUACAAAUCAAAGGGGAAAGGGUGUGCUGCGUGUAAACGGCUGCAGCUGUCUCCCGUCCUCUCUGGGUUCCUUCCUCCACAGCCAAUAGGACCUAUCCCAGAUAUCUCUAUGUAAAAGGGAGAGAGAUAAUGGACUAGUUUCAUGUUGCAGAUCAUGUUCUUAGUUGGAUUAUCGUGUUCCUUAGAGGUAACUGGAGUAAAAUCAGGGUCAGUGUCGUAACUCGGUGGUGCUACAUUAUAGACAAUCGGCAAAGUCAUUUGUUAGUAUUAUAUCUAUGCUCUGUAUUUGGGUAAGCCCAUUGGAGAACGCCACAUUUACCCAGUUUUAUUCAGUUUUGUAACUGAAAAUCUAAAAAAAAAAAAUUCUAUGCAAAUGAAGUUGGGAAGGUAUAUAUACUGGCAUGGUGUUCGAGCAGCAAUGUUCUGUAGGAGAGCCCCUUUUACCCCUCUUAUAUUUGGCAUUAUUUCACAACGAUAGUCUUAGAUAAUCGCACCAGGUUCCGCUUUCGACCGAUACCUGUCCACAGGCGUUUGGUGAACACUGUAAUAAUAGUAACGGUGAAUUUGCUUUGAAAGCUAUAACGCUCGAUAAUUGAAAGCGCACAGGACACCUAAUAGAUGCCAGGGCAGCUGAGUAGUGAUGAGGUCCACAUGAUGGGCAGCGUCAUACACUGGGAGUUGUAUUCUCCUUCUAAUAUGCCUUAACAUGGCGAGAUUUAUGCUCCCUUAUCCUAUGAGAAUGUUUCUUGUUAAUCUAUACAUGUUAUAAUAUGCCUGAUGCGAUACAAAUUGCUGCAGGGAACCUACAAGUGAUAUUAAUCAGGAAUACACGGGACAUGGCUUUUCUCAUUGACAGGCCCUCUGUGUAUUAAUAUAAAGGGAAUUCUAUAAGGAGGACUAUAGUUCCAUAAAGUGGUAACAAGUUUGUGUAGCCUUAUAAUUAGUGCAGCACCUCGCGCCCAGUGACUAGAACACAUACUUGCCUACCUGACCCUCUCCAUGAGGGAGAAAAUGCUCGGUCCCUGGACUUUCCUGCUAAUGUAUGAUUGCCAUCACCUGUGGUGAAACACCUUUCUUAUCAAUAACUAGCUCACCACAGGUGAUGGCCAUCAUACAUUACCAGGAAAGUUCAGGAACAGAGCAUUUUCUCCCUCAUGGAGAGGGUCAGGUAGGCAAGUAUGCUAGAACACCCUGGGCAUGCAGUGUGCUGCGGCUGGGAAGGGUGUGUGUGUCAGAGAGGAGCAUUGGAUUGGCUGCACCUGCUGCCCAAUCAGGUGCCACAUUCACUACUAGCCUGUCAGGUCAGCAGGAUAAUACUGUUGCCUGUAGAGGCCGUUUGGUCUGGCAUUGGAAGCAGCUCUCCUUUAUAAUAAUUGUUGCCGCCACUGAAUUGUCACAAGGGGUGUGGGCUCUUACCGAGGAGCAGGUGGGAAUUCCAAAACAGACUACUCCUUUAUAGAAUGUCCCAGAAUUUAAUCAUUUUCCUACUAACUCUUAUCUGAGGAUUACGCCAGUUCAGGAAUAGGUGCGACUGGCAGACGUAAGUGUCCGACUCCUGACAUUCCUGCAAGAAAACUGCUGGGUGAAUACUGGCGGCUGAGGAACGUAUUGCUCUCAGUGACUAGCGGCGUACGCUGUUGGACGCGGCAUGGAAAAUGACGUCUUUUUGCCGGCAGUAUUUACCCUGUAGUAUAUCACGGUUGUGUUCUGCCUUUCUACUAAAGUAAAUGAGAUGGAAACUACUAAUACAGCUACUUGUCCAUAAAUCAUCGCAUUUACCACUUUCCACAAUACCCCAAAGAGUUUACAAACUAUAGUUAUAUGAAUGCAUUUAUAUGGGUGUCUAUACAUUUUAUGCAUCAGUUGAGCUGGUUUUAUGUUGAUUUUUUUUUUUAUACCCACACAUUUUAUUUUUAUUUUUUUUCCUAAUUUAUGAGAAAUUAGAGAUAUUUCUGUAAUGACAAAUUGUAGCUGACGUUUGUAGCAUUUCAUUACGUACUGUUUGUUUUUUUGUAAUGACAAUCAUUUUGGUAGAAAAGGGGGUGAACGCUCACCCGGGGCUGCUAGAGUGGCGCGGCUUAGCGGACCAGGCCCCGACUCUAUAAGAUGGUGUUUUAUUUCCCUGUAGUUUUUACUGAUGCAGGAACAUCAAUUUUGAUAAAUAUUUUUAUACAUAUGUAUAUGUGAAUAUAUAUAUUCAACUGUUUCAUUUCUUACUGUGUUUCAAAAAUGUUUUAAUUAAAUGAAGCAUUUAUACAAAAGAA